GGAACGUUUACACCUGGAAGAUCAGUAAGGGUGUUCAGUGCUUUGACUUCUGCAAGACCAUGAACCUGCUGGUAACUGGAGGGCUGGAUCACAAAAUCAGACUCUGGAACCAGUAUGUCCCCACUCGCCCUACUGCUGUCUUCUCAGAGCACACCAUGCCCAUCCUUGAUGUGGUUGUAUAUGAACCUCUCAGACAAAUAUUCAGCUACUCGAAGGACUCUGUCCUGAAAGUUUGGGACAUCUCCUCACAUAGCUGCCUGCAGACACUGGUUCUGAAGUUCCCAUGCAUCCAUCCUGGAAGGACCCAGGAACAAGGACACUUCCCUUUCCUCCUGGUACCAUCACCUUCACACUGCUUGCUUGUUUCUUACUGUGACUACAUUGCAAUGCUGAGACUGGACCAUAAAUGCUCUGAGGAGACUCUGGUGACACAUGAGGCACCACUAUCAGCUGUCCUGUACAAU